AUGAGUGAACAUGAAAUUUCGCUUGAAGAUUACAGUAAAAAACAACUUAUCGAGAUGUUAAAUGAAAAAAAUCAAAUAAUUAAAGAACAAGGUCAAUUACUUGAAGAUUUAAAUCUUCAAAAAAUACAAAACGACGAAACAAAUAUAAAUCAAAUAUCUGUAAUAUACAAAAGAUCAAGUACAAUUAUCAAUAUUCCAGCUGAUGAUACAUCUGGUCAAUUAUCCAUUAAUUCACCAGAUGGAUCAUCAACUGAUCAUAAUGAAUCAGUCAAAUCAGUUAUUCUUAAAUACAAAUAUUGUAUUUUAAAUUUUAUUGGUUCUGUUAUUACUACGAUCAUAAUAAAUUCAUUAGAUAUUUUGCCAAAAUGGCUUGUUUUAAUUAUUCUUUUGUUUUUAUUUAUGAUCGUGGAUCUAUCAUGUUACAAAUAUGCAUCAAUAUUAGUUGAGCUAUAUGGUUUUUUUAAGUCAUUAAAACAUGUUAUUAAACCUAAUGAUACACAAGAUGAAGAUCUUGAAGCAGCAUCAUCAUACAAUUCAACAACACACGACGACUAA